AUGAUUCAGGCGCUCGCAGCCUUCUCUGGGGGCCUUUGGGUGCAGAACAAGCUCAGCGAUCUGCAACUGCCGCAGCUCAGCCGUCGGAUCAAUGAGGCGGAAAGCUUUAAACUUUCCGUGCAGGUGGUCGCCGCGUCCAUCCCUGGCUUGACGGAUUCCGGGCUGCUCACGCGCGAGCGGCCCAGGGUGGCAGCACUGCUCAAUGGAGUUCGGAAGGAGACCGAGUUUGGUGACUGCGAUCCGGACGAGAACGACCUCUUGGCCUUGCCAGGGACCGAUAAUUUGCCUCCUUGCGAUUGGCACUUCAAUGAGACGCUGACUUUUGCCGUCACCGUGGCGGACGUCCUUGCGGGGCAAAGCGUGCAGCUCUGGAUUCACACCUACAGUGAUGUGCGCUUUGGACCCUUUCAGGUGAACCUCACGAGGCUUGGCAAAGAUUGGCGCGGGAUAUCGGCGUGUGCUCCGUGGAAUUACAGAAGCAGGUUCUUCCUGACUGCGUCACCUGGCGGUGACCAUGGGGAGAUCGGAGAAGGUCCCUGA